UCUCUCCGAAUCACAGCCCAAAAACACGCACAAAAGAAACUUCUUCGACACCCGACCAGUCAACAACCCCAACUCCCUCUCUCCUCCUUAAAACCCCAAAUCCCCCUUCUCUUCCUUCCACACACACUGCACAUCUCAUCCAGAGAUCUGUUGAGUGUUUGGAUUUCCUCCCUUUUCCAUCUCCAAAACCCAGUUUUCAGAUCGAAAAAUCUCAUACCCAGUAAAGAGAAAACCCAGAAAAUCCAUCUCUUCCAACCCCAAUCUCAUUGAAAGAAGAUAGACAGAGAGAGAGAGAGAGAGAGAAGGCCCCAUCUUUUUUCAUCCAUUGAUUCUCUAUCUGGGUAUUUGGAUUUUUUGGAAUUCCUCCUUUCUAUCAUCCCCAAAGGAUUUUUUAUACAAAAAAAUCAGACCCAGAAAGGAAAACCCAGAAAAAAAUUCACUUCUCAAUCCCAAAAUCAUCUGAAGAAAAAACCCAGAUCUUUUCUCUGUUUCAGGUUCUUCAAUCCAAAAAUUCAAACCCCAGAAAGUGAAAUUUGAAUAUAUAUAUUUUUUUCCAAUCCCCAUGGAGAUUUCCUACAAACCCAUCCUCUUCUUCUGCCUUUUGAUUUCUCUUUUCCUCCCUUCCUACUCGCAAUGCAGCUACACCUUCAGCAACCGUAUCUUCCAAUCCUGCAGCGCUCUUCCCGUCCUCAACGCUAAUCUCCACUGGACUUACACAGCUUCAAACAACAGCAUCCAGAUCGCUUACCGGGCCACCCAAUCCACCGGCAGAUGGAUCGCCUGGGCAAUCAACCCGACCUCGACCCGGAUGCAAGGCUCGCAGGCUCUCGUCGCCUUCCAGCACUCGAACGGGACCAUGGUAGCCUACACAACGCCGAUCAACACCAUGAGUCCUACGAUGCUGCCAGGUCCUCUGAGCUUCCCAGUGACGAGCAUCGCCGCCGAGCACGUUGGUGGCCAGAUGAUCAUCUAUGCCACUGUGACGCUGCCGUCUAACAGCCUGACCAUCAAUCAAGUGUGGCAAGAGGGGCCCGUCUCCAGCGAUGUUCCACAGAUUCAUCCUACAAGUGGGAACAACGUUCGAUCGAUGGGGACCUUGAAUCUUCAGUCAGGGGGGACGACUGCCGCAGGCGGGGUUGUAAGGAUUCGACGCAAAAAUGCUCAUGGAGUGUUGGCUGCAAUCAGUUGGGGCACUUUGAUGCCUAUUGGUAUCAUCAUAGCAAGGUACCUGAAGGUGUUUAAGGCAGCUGACCCGGCCUGGUUUUACCUCCACGCUGCUUGCCAGACCUCAGCCUACAUCGUCGGUGUCGCCGCCUGGGGAACUGGCCUGAAACUCGGCAGCGAGUCUGCUGGGGUCAAAUAUGGCCCUCACCGUAACAUUGGCAUUGCCCUCUUCUGUCUAGGCACUCUACAGGUGUUUGCCUUGCUUCUGAGGCCGAAGAAGGACCACAAGUAUCGUCUCUACUGGAACAUCUACCACCAUGCAACCGGAUACACUGUGAUCAUCCUCAGCAUUGUCAACAUCUUCAAAGGCUUCGACAUACUGGAGCCCGAGAAGAAGUGGAAGCGCGCAUACAUUGGCAUCCUCAUCGCAUUGGGUGCGAUCGCACUUGUUCUGGAAGCUAUCACAUGGCCCAUUGUUAUAAAGAGGAAGAAGGAGGACUCUGAGAAGUCCCACCAUGGUGCGAAUGGAGUGAAUGGUUAUGGUGUUAGGCACCAGGGAGCAUAGGCUUAUAGAGAGAGUAUUGUUGUAGGCUAUCUUGUAUACACGGUGUUUGUGUUCUUUGCUUUUAUUUGUCUUUUGAGCAUUUUGAGGGUGUUUGGUUACCCUGAUUGCAUGUACUGAUGGAGCUACUUAUUAUUUUAGAUGUUAUUCUUUCGUAGUGAAA